GGAGCAAACACAUGAAUGGAAAUGAAGAAGGAUAGAAAGGUGGUUCUCGCGGAGGUAAAUCUUUAAUCUGUGAAUACUGACAACAAUGUAGUUAAUUUAGUUACAAGCUCUCUGGGUGGGAAGUUCAAUUAAGCUACAUCUGCAAUUAGUCUUUUUCAUGUGAGAAAGGUGAGGUCCAUCUAAAACCAAAACUAUGAAUGAUUGUUUGGUGCUGUGUUGAACCGUCGCAUGAGCAUCUGAUGCUAUGGGAAGUAUUUUCUUGUUGGUAAGAUAAUUGAAGCUUUCCAUCACUAUAUUAAAUAUUUUAUUAUUUAAAUAUCGCCAGCAAAUUCCAUAGCGCUGUACAAUGGGGUACAAUUCAGGGUGAUUGUUUAAAGUACCACAAUAAAACACUGACUUAAAAUCACUCUGUUAAUAAAAACUAAAAACUUUAUCUAAUCUGCUUCUAUAUAUCUACCAAUGUUUGAAUACCUUUUUAUUUUUUUUAUUUUUUUCCUGAGAGUUGUAGUUUUCAUAAAAUGUACAAGAAAAAGUAGGAAUUGCUUUUCCUGAUGUAUAGCAGUCAAAUUGACAAAACUUGAAAAUGGACAGCUGCCAAUCAAAUGUAUCCAAUAUCCAUCAGUAAAAUCAAUCCCACAGAAGGGCAAACAGCAGACAUCAUGGGCAGAGGUGACCAAAAUGGUAUAAUAUACUAGAGCAAGCAUGUCAAACUCAAAAGCUAGCACGGGCCACAUAAACAAGGUUUAAGUAUAUGUGGGCUGCAAGAAAAACAAAACCUUAAAUUUUCAUAGAAAAAAAGGUUUGUUUUGAAAAGUACAGUGUAAAAAAAAAAUAAAAAACCAGCAUCCCCCUCUGCUAAACCUCAGUCCCCCUGUACUAAAUCCCAGUCCCCCCCUCUACACUAAAUCCCAGUUCUCCCCCCACUGCACUAAAUCCCAGUCCCGCCCUCUGUAGUAAUUCACAGUCCUCCCCUCUAUACUAAAUUCCAGUCCCCCUCUCUAUAUCCUCCAGCUACUCCUUGAAAACCUGUGAAUGUGGAGCACGUUGACGUCACGUCAGAAUGUGACGUGGCGUUGCGUGCCUUCAUACACCUCCAGGUCCUCCACUGUCCACCCGCGGCCAUCUCAAUACUGACCAACACACACUGACAGACACACACACACUGACAGACACACACUCACUGACAGACACACACACACACACUAUCAGACAGACACACACUCUCUGACAGACACACACACACUGACAUAGACACACAGACAGAAACACACACACACAUUUACACAUUCUUGCAUACACUCAUAUCAUUUUAUUUAUUGCUCCCUAACUUUGGAAGCUGGUGUGGGGUCUCUCCCUGAUCUUUUCUCGGGAGCUCCCUGAUGCCGGGUGCCGAAAUGUCGUCAUAUUCCAGCACCCGGCAUCACUACAGAGGGCGUGCGUGAGGGAGCAGUGAGGAACAGGAAGACUGAGCUCCCUUGCUGCCACCAGGGACCGCUCUUCCCAGCCGGGUAACUUUGGCAGAGUACGCACCUGCAAUGUGGGGUGAGCAGGUGCCUACUCUGCUUUAGUAAGCAUGGCAAACUCGCGGCUCGCUGGGCCCUAAAAAUAUUUAUUGUAGGCUGCGAGUUUGACAUGCUUGUACUAGAGUGUGCACUUCUUUUCACAUGCUAUUUUUCAGUGUUAUAUAAGGUGAAUAUUUAUUUGAAAAUAUCUGUGUGGGGAGAUUGGGAUUUGUUAUACACAAACACACAGACCCAUAUGCACACACAGACUCAUACACAAACACACAGACCCAUAUGCACACACAGACCCAUACAGACACACAUAAAGACUCAUAUACACAUGCUUGCACAACUUCAUAUUCACACACUAAGACUCAUGCACACACACAGACUUAUACACAAGCCUCUCUUUUCUUACUGUGAAAGGGAGUUGCAAUGCAACCUCAUCCCUUGGGUCCAAUGGUUUGCUGCUGGGAUCAGUAGAGGAUAGGCGAGGGAGCAGAAUAUAGUUACAUAGUUACAUAGCUGAAAAGAGACUUGCGUCCAUCAAGUUCAGCCUUCCUCACAUAUGUUGUUGCUUUUGAUCCAAAAGAAGGCAAAAAACCUAGUCUGAAGCACUUCCAAUUUUGCCACAAACUAGGAGAAAAUUCCUUCUUGACCCCAAAAUAGCAGUCAGAUAUCUCCUUGACCAAGCAGCUAUUACCCCACUCAGGCCCGGACUGGCCAUCGGGCAUACCGGGCAAAUGCCCGGUGGGCCGCGAUGGCUGUGGGGCCGAGGCCGGCAGGGGAGAUCACAGGAUCUCCCCGGCCGGCUCCUGCAGGGCCAGCACUACCCGAGCGCCGGCCCCGCUGUGUGCCUCCAUGGGCCGGUGGGGAGAUCAAAGAUCUCCCUUUACCGGCCCAGAGACACUUCCAGGCGGCCGCUUGCUGGGGUGUGAGGGAGGGAGGGAGAGGACCGGCGGAGCUCUAUCCAGCAGCUCCGCCGGGUCCUCUCGCGGGAUUCUGAGCGUUGCCGCGGUUACCGCGGCAACGCUCAGAUCUCGCGAGAGUGAACUCUAGCCUACAGGCUAGAGUUCACGCUCACCACUAGGACCACCAGGGAUCAGGCAGCAAGGCCUUUCCCAUGGCAGAACGGCUCCCCCCCCCGUCCCAGGCAAAACGGCCCCCCCCUCCCAGGCUAAAGGUAAGAAGGGAGGGGGGGGAUAUAACUUUUUUUUUAAAAUUAUUAUUAUUAAUUAAAAAAAAAAAAAUUUAAAUUAAAAAAAAUCACACUCACACACAUCACCCCCAGACACACACACAUCACCCCCAGACACACACAUCACCCCCAGACACACACAUCACCCCCAGACAUACACAGCACCCAGACACACACAGCACCCCCAGACACACAGCACCCAGACACACACAGCACCCCCAGACACACAAAGCACCCCCAGACACACACAGCACCCAGACACACACAGCACCCAGACACACACAGUACCCCCAGACACACACAGUACCCCCAGACACACACAGCAACCCCAGACACACACAGCACCCCCAGACACACACAGCACCCCCAGACACACACAGCGCACCCAGACACACACAGCGCACUCACUCACACACAGCGCCCUCACUCACACACAGCACCCUCACUCACACACAGCACCCUCGCUCACACACACACACACACACACAUAUAUAUAUAUAUAUAUAUAUAUAUAUAUAUAUAAAAUAACCCUCAGUGAGUUAACAGACAAAGAAAAUUAGAAUGUGACGGCAGAUAAAAACACCCUCACACACAGCACCCCUCUUACAUACACACACACUGCGCCCCUCACACAUACAAUACGUCCAAAUAUAUAUAUGUAUGUUUAUAUAUAUAUAUACACACACACACACACACACUACAGCACUACAUACAUUACGCUCCAGAUACACGCUAGAUCCCUUACCUUAUAUGCACUCUUAAUCCUCUAUACACACACACACACACACACACAAUCUCCUAUACACACUCUGGGUCCUUUACACACUAGAUCUCCUACACACACACUGCACCACCUACACACACACUACAUUCCUUGUCAGCAAACACAUACAACAUUCUCUAAACACACCCUCUCUACAACCCCUACACACACUACGUCACCUAUACACACACUACAGCCCGUAUGCACACACUCGCUACAUCCCCUAUAACACUAUGCCACCUAUACACACACUCUCUACAGCCCCUAGCCACACAUAUUACACCACAAACACAUAUGAAAUUGACCUAUUUACACAAUACCACACCACACUCUACACACACGCAAUCCCACAAGCAGGCUCCAAACACAUGCACCAUACACUUUCCUGGCCCUUUUGUCCUCUGGUAUCCCACUUGUGGAGACACCAGAGACAAUUUAAAAGCAAACACAGCGCAAGCAUGUUAUUAAAUUUGCUUGCGCUGCGCAGAACAAAUACAGGGCCUUUUUCUAAUGCCAGAGCUCUUCAGCAGGGCUCUGGCAUUGAACCAACAUGCUCACUUUGAGAGGGGGCGUGCUUGUCAUUAGUGAUGACAAAACACACCCUCUCUGGCCCCGCCCCCUUCUUAGGGGGCCGCUCUGAUUGAAAAAUGCCCGGGCCUAAUUUUUUCCCCAGUCCGGCCCUGACCCCACUAAUUAGAAAUGAUAUCCCUGUAUGUUAUGUUUUUGUAAGUAUUUAUCCAAUUGCAGUUUAAACCUCUGUGGUGACUCUGACAAAACCACCUCUUCAGGCAGAGAAUUACAUAUCUUUAUUGCUCUUACUGUAAAAAAACCUUUUCUUUGCCUUAGAUGAAAUCUCCUUUCUUCCAGCCUAAAUGUGUGACCUCGUGUCCUAUGUAUAGCCCUGUUUAUGAAUAGAUUUCCAGAUAAAGGUUUGUACUGGCCCCGAAUAUAUUUGUAUAAAGUUAUCAUAUCCCCUCUCAGGCGCCGUUUUUCCUAAACUAAACAGACUUAAUUUUUUUUACCUUUCUUCAUAACUAAAAUGCUCCAUUCCUUUUAUCAAUUUUGUAGCUCGUCUCUGGACUUUUUCUAGUGCCAUGAUAUCUUUCUUUAGAACAGGUGCCCAAAAUUGCAAAGCAUAUUCAAGGUGUGGUCUUACCAGCGAUUUAUAAAGAGGCAAAAUUAUAUUUUAAUCCCGAGAAUUUAUGCCCCUAUUUAUACAUGACAAAACCUUACUGGCCUUAGCAACUGCAGAUUGACAUUGCAUAUUGCUGCCUAAUUUGUUAUCUAUAACAAUUCAUCUGCCAUUUUAGUGCCCAGCCCCAAAUCUAUCCAAGUCCCUCUGCAGGAAAGCAAUAUCCUGCGGCGAGGGAGCUCUGAUCUUCCUGCUCCUUUGCGCACCCCAGGAUGCCGGGAUAUGAUAUCACAAAAGGUUUGCAUGAGGGAGCAGUGCAGAAAGAGUGUGAACAUCAGAGCAGCACCACUAGACCCCAGGGAGAAAAUCCACACCAACUCUCUCAAAUGUAGGGAGCAGUGGCGUACAUACCAUGGUCACAGGGGUUGCAGCUGCGACCGGACCUGGCCGCGCUGAGGACCCCUGUGUUAGGGUGCCGCAGUCAUGUUUUGCAGGCCUGGCCCGCGUGGUAUAACCACUGGAGUCGCAUGUUGAGGGGCCCCUUCAGGUGGCCCAUGCUGUUCAGGCCACCUGAUGGCUAUGGAUUUCCAGCGGGCCCGGUCAGCUUUAACAGCGCGACCGGGCCCCCUUUGAUGACAUCACAGCUGGGAGGAAGUGACUGACCCGUCACUCCUCCCAGCUUACAAUGGGAGCCGCAUGGGAGGAAGAGAGGAGGGAGUCAGAGAGGGAACUCUGACUCCUAUCAGGCUGAGCCAACACUGCACCCCAGGAAAGUCACGCACCUGCAUCGAAAAGGUAGGAAACAGGAGGGUGACUAAAAUAUUUUGUAUAUGAGUGUGUUUGUUUGUACGUAUGUGUCUGUAUGAACUUUUCUUUGUGUGUAUGUCUGUCUGUGUGUGUUGUCUGUGUGUGUAUGUAUGUGUGUGUAUGUCUGUGUAUGUGUGUGUUUGUAUGUAUAUGUUUGUCUGUAUAUAUGUGUCUGUGUGUGUGUGUUUGUAUGUAUGUUUCUAUGUAUGUAUGUGUGUUUGUAUGUAUGUGUGUGUGUGUGUUUGUAUGUAUGUGUGUGUCUGUAUAUAUGUGUCUCUGUGUGUGCGUUCGUAUGUAUGUAUGUGUGUGUGUGUGUACAGUGGUGUACAUGCAGGGGUCGCAACUGUGAUCGGGCCUGUCACUCCAGGGGGCCCAGCAGCCCUGCGGACCCCUGUGACCGGGUGCCCGCCGCCAUGUUUUUGCGGCCCGGCCCACGGGGUGUAACUAAUUUUUUGCAGACCUGCUCCACCACCUUGUAGGGCUCUUGUCAGGCGGCCUGCAGAUUAUCAUGGACCGGUUUCAGCCAAACUUUCUGCCCGAUAUGAAAGCUGCAGUUCCUUGUCCCCGUUUAAUUAAAUACCAUACUCACUGUCUACUCUGGGCAGGCCAGUGGUUCUCUUGCACGAUCCUUGUCAGCUGCUCCAAGCAGGCCCUCAGCUCUAGCACAUAAGAUAUGGUAGGGGUCCCUUUCAUCUCUGCUUCUCCCUCCCAAUGUUCCCUGAUGAGAUCUAGAGGACCUCUCACUCUUCACCCAUACAAUGAUUCAAACGGAGGAGAACCCCAGAGAUGCGGCAAGAAUCUCUCCCAAUCCUUGCAAGCGGUGGUGAACAUCCAAAGCAUUUGGUUCAGCGUUACAUUUUGUCCCGGUUCCCGGUUCCCGGUUCACUCCUUAGCUGAUAUCUCCUUGUGCAGUACCAUUGAUCACCACUCGCCCUGUUUGGUGCUAUUCCCUACAUGUAGGAACAUUAGCACUUCAGCUGGCCCUUGUUAGGCCCCUUUAUAGCCUGGCCUUGUUUCAUUUUUUCUGUUGCAGUAUAGGCCUUGCAUCCUCUGGCUCUGUAUCUUGUGACCCUGGCCUUGCAUCCUGUGGCUCUUGCCUUGCAUCCUGUGGCUCUGUAUCUAGUGACCCUGUAUCACGACUGCUAGUGAGGUCCAGCACGCAGAACUAUGUAACAUCUGCAUAGACAGAACUGAAAAUUAUAGAAUGUAAACUGGUCCUUAGAAUGGCCGGAUUAAUACUUUAGCGACAGAGAAUGGUCAAGGGAUAGCCGAGGUCAAGGAAGCCAGAAAUAUACAAUACCGUUUAACAAACCAAGUCAGGGAAACCAGAAAUCAGAAGUCAUAGCCAAGGUCAAAAUACCAGGAAUAUCAAGAACAGGACAAGAAAACACACGCUCGGGAAUCAGGAACGGAAACCACGACAGGGCAAAGAACAAGGGAACUUCAGAACGUGCAUGUGCGUCGAUGUCGUGAUGUCACACGCACGUUCGUGUGACCCUGGGGGGUGGAGCUAUUUAUGGCUGCGACCGAAUAGUCGGCGCCAUCUUUAUUCCGGGCAGGCGACCAGGAGAACCCGGCGGAGCGGCUCCUGACUCUCUGCUGAGCAGGUAAGCUCAGUGUGUCGGCACGACCGCACCUCACAGCAAGUCGGGGGCCGUGACACCCUGACCUUGCAUCCUUUUGGCUCUGACCGUGCAUCCUGUGACUCUGGACUUGAAUCCUGUCUUUUUCCUGUGCAACAUACCUGGUCCUGCCCAGUGUACUCUAUUUAACCAACUGUACCCUGUGUGAGAGAAAAAUUGGAAUAGUGGUUGAAGGAAGAUAUAUCAGGCCUGAUUUGCUAAACAGCAGCCAGAGAAUUUUCAGUUAAAUGCCCCAGGGAGAGAUGUUAAGUUUGCAAUAUACAUUGCUGAUGCUCUGCAAAACAUGGUAUGGGUCCCUGGGGCGGAGCAUUUGGAGAGCAGGGUGGGCCAAUGCUCGAACAGCACUAUAUUUGAUAUUUGUUUACAUCUUAUAAUAUAUAUAUGUCAGCAUUCAUUCCUUGUGGUUGUCAGUUAUUUUCUCUGCAUGAUGGGUUCCUGUUCUUGAAGGGAUUUGCUGUCAUAGGUCAGCACCCUUUCCUACCCUGACACAUUUAUUUAUUUUAUGUAUUACUGGUAUUUAUAAGAUGCUGUACAAUUAGUGGAGGACAUUCAAUAUACACAGACAAAUACAAAAGGUAGAGAGAUUAAACCGCUCACUGAGGCCAUUCAUCUGGGAGUAGAGCUCUAGAUAGGCCUACAAUAUCCACUGCUACCAUACUAAAUGGCUCUUCUACAAUGGGCAAAGAUUGUAGCCGAGCCCAGGGACAGUCUCCAUUUUAUCCUGUUUGCUGACAGACAUCACAGGUCUGGCAGUAUUGCUGAACAUACUGGGAGCUUCUGGGACAAAAUACAUUUUGAAUAACUUGAUGUAAGGUCCGUCGAAUACCUAGGUCUUCUGCCAGGGGAAUACCAUGCCCAAUCCACAGAAGCUCCAGCCAGUACUUCUGUGGGAUUACCAGCUGCUGAUUCAGCGCUGGGGCCACACCUCGGUUAGGGGUUCUUGUUACCCUAUACAGUUAUCCUAUGUGUUAAGGGUUAAUAAGUAUGUAGGGGUUUAAAAAAAAUACCCCUCUCUGUCUCAUUAGAGAUUGCUUUGCCUGAAGCUGAAGGAAGCAAGGUGAAUUGUUAGUGUAGGAGACACCUAGGAAGUUUGCCUUGACGUGGCAGGUGGGCUUAAACCUAACGGCCAUUGGAGUGAAAGAAAAAAAACUCCAUUUGUUUAAAUAUGCAUAGGGAUUUGGGGUAGUGCGCAGGUAACUCUUUCCUUUGUUUUUUAUAGUAAUCCCUGAGUCUAUAUAAAAUGUUCCCCUUCUAGCCCCGCUAGCGACAUGAUCUGUACUGCUGUAAGGACAAGUCCUCAGCUACUCCCCUCCCAAAUUCUGCUGGGAUAUCCCAUGCUAGUGGAGCUGUCACUACAGGGUGGGAUGAGGUUAGUUUGUCCUACCUGGGUCUCAUCUGAACAUGGUCUCGCUCGAGCUUGAAGAUGGCUAGUUACAGGAUGAGCCUCUUCUGUCGGUGGAGAAUGUGGAGGUGAGUUAACUGUUGUUUAUGAGCAAGACUUCGGAAGAUAGAUCGCUCAUGAUCCCUGCUUCCAUGGUGCCAGAUCCUGCACCCCACUCUAGAUGAACACAGGCUGUUGUACUAGAUGUACAUCGUUGUCUAGAUCUGACAGAUCUGCCGGUCUUAUCCACUUCCCGAUAAGGUGUCUCUGUACCAGGUCAGCGUGGCACCGGUAUCCAUCAGACCUUGUGCUACCCAGCCGUUUACCAGAACCAGUUGCUGGUGAUGUUGCUGGUUUUCAGCUGCUGCCUGAAUGUGGUCGGCUUCAUGCAGUUUUCCCCAGAACUGUUUGGGUCCAUAAUUGGUUUUCUCAUAAGCCAGUUCUUGGUUUGUGUCCAGGCAAUGUGCAGCAAACAAGGGGCGGAAGGGCUAGGUUGAUGGCAGGUGUUGCAUGGAAACUCAAGGGGCACAAUUUGCACAAUUUGCUUACAGCAGUAGAACCAGUGCCUGGGUAGACUGCUGGGGCUGGCACAUCUGGUGCCAGGAGCUGGGACAUCCGAAGAGGUAUUCCAGGCCCAGGAUGAUGAGUCUCUGUGUGUGACUAUGUCCGAAGAUUCGGGUGGUCAGUCUUCCUAGCAUCAGCGUACUCAUCCACUGGUUGAGUUUCUUCAGGGAGUAUGGGGAGUUUGCCUUUCCCAAACCCAUUAUGAGAUCUCCGGUGCAGGGGCACCGUAUAAUUGAUCAAGGAGAAGGAGUUGUACCACAUCCUCCAGCAUGCAUUCCAAUGCAUUGCUGUCCAAUCUAGUUGGCAGACCAAUUUGGUGAAGGAGACCCUCUUUCGGAGCUCACAAAACUUUCUGCAGUAUGCCGUGUUACUACAGAUCGAGUCAGCAGGGCUUCCUUCAUGUGAUCCUAAUUCCGCAGAUCUUCGUUGGGAGCAGAGAGGUAGACUUCUGCAGCUCUACCCGACAAUUUACCAGUCAGAAUGGGAGGGAACCCAGUGUCACAGCACACCGGUAGAGGCUGGUGCGCUGUGCUCACUCACCAGAUGCCAUAUGGAUUUCGGCGUCCUGGGUGUGGGGGACGUGCCAAACCCUUCAUUAGGCCACCAGCUUAUACCACAGCACUUCAGCAGCGUGCCAUGAAUGCAAGGUGUACCGCACUAUCCUCGCCCCCCAGCCCCUGCAGCCACUCCAUGUGGGUUGCAACUUGCAGGGGAAGGCAGGCACGCCAUGUCAACCCUUAUGCUUACCUCUCCUACUGUGGGCAUGUUGGGUGAUAUGUAUUGUGUGUUCCCCAUUCUGCUCCAGGUUCCCCUCAGGGUGACAAAGCUCUAGGAAAUAAAGAUCAGCAAGCAUGCAAGCAGCAUGGAGGUUUGCAAAUUAAAUGAACAAACUGCCAUAGCCUCCCACCCAGAUAGGGAGGUGUGGACACCUACUCACCAGAGGAGCCUUCCAAAUAUAUAGGCCCUGAGACUCCUACUUGUGGGAGUGCUCCUAUUACAUCUCCCCUAUUUAAGCACAGGACUCCCUAGGUCAGGCAUAGGCAACAUUUGGCACUGCAGAUGUUUUGGACUACACCUUUCAUGAUGCUUUGCCAGCAUUAUGGGUGUAAGAGCAUUAUGGGGGAUGUAGUCCACAACAUCUGGAGUGCGGAAGGUUGCCUAUCCCUGCCUUAGGUUCUGAGCAGAUCCUGUCUGAAGUUAUCAGGUUAUCUUCACCUGCCAGGAUUUCCUGAAUUAACCCCUGCCUGUCUGGACUCUGGUAAUACUCUUUGCUUUCUGGGUUUCCUGAAUUUACCCCUGCAACUCCUGUUCCAGCCUUGGUUAACCCCUGCAACCCUGUUCCAGCCCUGGUUUAACUCCUACAAUCCUGCUACAACUUCAAUCAAGCCUUUUACUCUUGUAAAAGACUUUAUGUUAUCUCAAGGACUUUUAUUUCCUAUAAAGGAAAUUUGCUGCUGUGACGUCCUCCAUGACCUGCUAAAUAAUCUCUGUUGAAGAGUUUGGGCCAAACAGGGAUAAUUGGGUCUUCACAUCCCGGUAGAAGUCGGCCCCCUCAAAGGAUCCAGAGGAUGCGGAGCCACUAGUUCGGCUAUGAGGGUGGUUUUAGCCUAAUUGCUGGUAAUCCUUCCCCUCACCUCCAACAAGUCCUUUAAGGUAUUCUUUUUUUUCAGGCACUCAUAGGACUUCGCCAUCCAGGUUCCAUUCACUAGUUUUCUUCACUUUUUCAGAGUAUCACUCUCCUUGGUCUUGGGAAAGGCAUUAUCCCACUUCUGCCACCAGUUGUGAAGGGACCGCUCCUAGUUCACCAGAGUGAUGCCGUCAGGGAUUCCCUUUCCCCACUGAGUAUGACUCAGAGUAAUUAUACUCAUUAUCCCAAUCAUCAGCCAAGGCUUGAUGCAGGGUACAACAUGCACACUCUAUUGGGUAACAUUGUUUUGUUUGUAUUUUUUAAUUCUUUAUUUUCAGUGACCGGGUGUACAGAUAAUGAUAAAUACCAGACAUCAUAAAACUUGUUGAAGUUAUGAUUGCGCAGUCUGUGGUCUUUUCCAUUCUGAUUAUUCUUAAUAAUAUCUGCUAAUAUUUUUCAAUAUACAUCUCAGUUCUGAUGAUUGUACAAUGACUACCAAUAGUUAUACAAUAUAACAUAUAAGAGAAAUAGAGUGAAUUAGAAAGUAAAGUUCAGUGUUAUUAUUUAACAAUUUCAAUCUGACCAUGUCAAUUGCUUGUCUCCUUGGGAAAGGCUUACUUUUGAUAUGUUAAAACAGUCAAGGUAUAUAGCCUCAUUCUGUAUAACUUUUGUCAGUUCUGCUUUGUAAGAGGUUACGAGUAAGGAGUAUAGGGAGAGGAUAUGGGGUGAACUAUCACAUCGAGAAACAGGUAAGAACGAACUAUGCGUUGAAACUUUGGGCUAGCUUAAUGGCCACUGGUUGGGGGCUGUGCUAUUUUGUGUCUGUCUGUAUCCAGGUAAUGCAUAUGUGUCCAUAUAUCCAAUGGCCACUACUCUAUCCUAAAUCUUCUUGAUCUUUCUGCUGCUUUUGACACUUUUGAUCAUCAACCGCUUCCUCUCAUUCUCCAUAAUCUCUGUCUACGAGAUACCUUUCUCUAAUGGUGCUCUUCCUACCUCUCCCAGCACUCAUUCAGUGUUUCUUUCUCUGGCUCUGCCACUUCUCCCCAAUCCCUCUACAUUGGUGUUCCCCAAGGGUCUGUCCUUGGUCCCCUAUUGUUCUCAAUUUACAAUGCCUCCCUUGGUAAACUCAUCAGCCCCUUCGGCUUCCAGUAUCAUUUCUAUGCGGAUGACACACAAAUUUAAUCUGUCCUCCCCUGAUUUCUCAUCACCCCUCAUGACUCGUGCCUCUGACUGCCUCUCUGCUAUUUCCAACUAGAUGGCUGCUCAUUUCCUUAAACUGAACCUGUCCAAAACAGAACUUCUGGUCCUCCCUCCAGUGUUGCUACUCCCUUGUCUGUGUCCUUCCAAGCAAGGAGCUACCAUUCAUGCUACCUCUCAGGCUCUCUGCCUAGGUGUUCUCUUUGACUCCGACCUCUCCUUCACCUCUCAUGUCCAAUCAAUCGCCAAAUCAAAUCCUGCUGCUUCCAUCUCAAAAACAUUGCACGCUUUCGGCCCUAUUUAAUGCCUGAUACAGCAAAGGUGCUUGUUCAUGACGUUUUUCUCUCUAGCCUAGAUUACUGUAGUCAGCUUCUCAGUGGUCUUACGUAUUCCCAACUUGCCCCAUUACAGUGUAUAAUGAAUACGGCUGCAAGGCUCAUCUUCCUGUCCGCACGCACCACCCACGCCUCCCCCCUUUGUCACCCAAUCUCCACUCCUUUUAAAAAAUCUUUGAAAACGUACUUCUUUAGGAAAGCAUAUCAAUUAAACAGCUUUCCCUCCCCACGCCCUGAUUCCUCUCCUGAAACUGUUAUCAACAAAAAAACACUAAGCCCUCAAUAAAUACUCUACUAGCAACCUACUUUUCUACCCUACUAUUACCUUUUGUGUCACUAUAACCCACUCCCUCUAGCAUGUAAGCUCAUUGAGCAGGGCCCUCAAUAUUUAUUUUCCUGUGCGUCCAACUUGUCUGGUUACAAAUACGUGUCUGUUAGUCCACCCAUUGUACAUCGCUACGGAACUUGUUGAUGCUUUAUAAAUAAUAAUAAUAAUAAUAAAAUCAUGCUUCCUGUAUCUGUUGAGAUAGUAUAUCAGUGUAUAUCGGUGUAGAGAACGAUAUGGUAGUCUGGUAAUGGUAAUCCCAAUGCCUAGUUUUGCAAUGUUUCUUCUCCUACCCAGGGCCGGCAUUAGGGGUGUGCGAGCUGUGCGGCCGCACAGGGCGCCAUGGAGCAGGGGGCGCCCUGCGGCCGACACAGCUCACACAUGGCUGGCCGGGAUUAAAAAAAUAUUGUGGCGGGGCGGAGCGGAGCUUACUGUGUGGCGGGGGUGGAGCUAAAAGUGCCGGGUAACUGCUGCAAGGGAAGCAGGAAGGAGUCCCUGCUUCCCCCAACAAACAGUCUCCAGGAGCUGCCUGCACUGCCUGUCUGCCUUCACAAUGAACAGAUGUGUGAUUGUCUGUGUGAGUGUGUCUGUGUGUGUAUGACUGCCUGCCUGUGUGUGUGUGUGUGUGUGUGACUGUCUGCCUGUGUGUGUGUGUCUGUGACUAUCUGCCUGUGUGUGUGUCUGUGUGUGUCACUGUCUGCCUGUGUGUGUGUGUGUGUGUGUGUGUGACUGCCUGCCUGUGUGUGUGUGUGACUGUCUGCCUGUGUGUGUCUGUAACUGUAUGCCUGUGUGUGUGUCUGUGUGUGACUGUCUGCCUGUGUGUGUGUAUAUGACUGUCUGCCUGUGUGUGUGUCUGUGUGUGUGUGUGUUUAUGUAUGACUGUCUGCCUGUGUGUGUGACUGUCUGCCUGUGUGUGACUGUCUGCCUGUGUGUGUGUGUGUGUAUGACUGUCUGUCUGUGUUUGUGUGUGUGUGUGUGUCUGUGUGUAUGACUUUCUGCCUGCGUUUGUGUGUGUGUGGCUGUCUGCCCGUGUAUGUGUGACUGCCUGCCUCUGUGUGAGGAUGUCUUCUUGUGUGUGUGGAUGGCCGCCUGCCUCUGUGUGUGUGUGGCUGUCUGCCUGCGUGUAUGUGUGUGGCUGUCUGUGUGUGUGUGGCUUUCUGCCUGUGAGUGUGUGUGUGUGGCUGUCUGCCUGUGUGUGUGUGUGUCUGUCUGUGUGUGUGAGACUGCAUGUAAGUAUGUGUGUGUAAGAAUGUGUGUGUGUGUGUGUGUGUGUAAAACUGUGUGUGUGUGGCUGUCUGCCUUUGUCUGUGUGUGGCUGUCUGCCUGUGUGUUUAUCUACCUGUAACUGUGUAUGUGUGUUACUGCCUGUACCUGUGUGUUUCUUCACCUAUGUGCAUGUGGUGGAUUUGAUAGUGUAUAUGUAUAACUGUGUGCAUCUGACUGUGGGAAUGUGUGCACGUAACUCUGCAAAAAUAUACACCUGCAUUCACACACAAGCCUAAAUGCAUGUUUUUAUCUGAAUUAAAUAACCAUCACACACAGCCAAUAAACCCAGCACAAAUAUCACAUACAACCAAUACAUGCAUAUCACGCACUGUUAAUACACCCAUUACAAAUAUCACACAUAGCAUACAUAUCACACACAGUCAUAACAUCUAUCACAUACACAGACAACACAAACAUUACAUCAUACAUGGAUGACGGGGGGGGGGCGCUGUGAAGAAUUUUGUGAGUGUGGGUGACUGUCUGCCUGUGUGUGUGACUGUGUGUGUGUGUGAUGUUCUGCCUGUGUGUGUCUGUCUGACUGUCUGCCUGCGUGUGUGUGUGUGUGUGUGUGUGUAUGACUGUCUGCCUGUGUGUGUGACUGUCUGUGUGUUUGUUUGACUGUCUACCUGUGUGUGUCUAUGUGAUGUUCGGCAGGGGUGGAGCUAAAAACUGCUGCAAGGGAAGCAGGAAGGAGUCCCUGCUUCCCCCAACAAACAGUCUCCAGGAGCUGCCUGCACUGCCUGUCUGCCUCCACAAUGAACAGAGGUAACUAUGUGUGAUUGUCUGUGUGAGUGUGACUGUCUGUGUGUAUGACUGCCUGCCUGUGUGUGUGUCUGUGACUGUCUGCCUGUGUGUGUGUCUGUGUGUGUGUGUGUGACUGUCUGCCUGUGUGUAUAUGUGUGACUGCCUGCCUGUGUGUGUGUGACUGUCUGCCUGUGUGUGUCUGUGACUGUAUGCCUGUGUCUGUGUGUGACUGUCUGCCUGUGUGUGUGUGUGUGUGACUGUCUGCCUGUGUGUUUAUCUACCUGUAACUGUGUAUGUGUGUUACUGCCUGUACCUGUGUGUUUCUUCACCUAUGUGCAUGUGGUGGAUUUGACAGUGUAUAUGUAUAACUGUGUGCAUCUGACUGUGGGAAUGUGUGCACGUAACUCUGCAAAAAUAUACACCUGCAUUCACACACAGGCCUAAAUGCAUGUUUUUAUCUGAAUUAAAUAACCAUCACACACAGCCAAUAAACCCAGCACAAAUAUCACAUACAACCAAUACAUGCAUAUCACGCACUGUUAAUACACCCAUUACAAAUAUCACACAUAGCAUACAUAUCACACACAGUCAUAACAUCUAUCACAUACACAGACAACACAAACAUUACAUCAUACAUGGAUAACGGAGGGGGGGGCGCUGUGAAGAAUUUUGUGAGUGUGGGUGACUGUCUGCCUGUGUGUGUGACUGUGUGUGUGUGUGUUUGACUGUCUGCCUGUUUGUGUGACUGUCUGUGUGUGUGAUGUUCUGCCUGUGUGUGUGUGUCUGUCUGACUGUCUGCCUGCGUGUGUGUGUGUGUUGUGUAUGACUGUCUGCCUGUGUGUGUGACUGUCUGUGUGUUUGUUUGACUGUCUACCUGUGUGUGUCUAUGUGAUGUUCGGCAGGGGUGGAGCUAAAAACUGCUGCAAGGGAAGCAGGAAGGAGUCCCUGCUUCCCCCAACAAACAGUCUCCAGGAGCUGCCUGCACUGCCUGUCUGCCUCCACAAUGAACAGAGGUAACUAUGUGUGAUUGUCUGUGUGAGUGUGACUGUCUGUGUGUAUGACUGCCUGCCUGUGUGUGUGUGUGUCUGUGACUGUCUGCCUGUGUGUGUGUCUGUGUGUGUGUCUGUCUGCCUGUGUGUAUAUGUGUGACUGCCUGCCUGUGUGUGUGUGUGUGACUGUCUGCCUGUGUGUGUCUGUGACUGUAUGCCUGUGUCUGUGUGUGACUGUCUGCCUGUGUGUGUGUGUGUGUGUGUGACUGUCUGCCUGUGUGUCUGUGUGUGUGUGUGACUGUCUGCCUGUGUGUGUGUCUGUGUGUGUGUAUGUAUGACUGUCUGCCUGUGUGUGUGGAUGUAUGACUGUCUGCCUGUGUGUGUGACUGUCUGCCUGUGUGUGUGUGUGUGUAUGACUGUCUGCCUGUGUUUGUGUGUGUGUGUGUCUGUGUGUAUGACUGCUUCCGUGUGUGUGUGACUGUGUGUGUGUGGCUGUCUGCCUGUGUGUGUGUGACUGCCUGCCUCUGUGUGAGGAUGUCUUCCUGUGUGUGUGGAUGGCCGCCUCUGUGGCUGUCUGUGUGUUUGUUUGACUGUCUACCUGUGUGUGUGAUGUGAUGUUCGGCAGGGGUGGAGCUAAAAUGCUGCAAGGGAAGCAGGAAGGAGUCCUGCUUCCCAACAAACAGUCUCCAGGAGCUGCCUGCACUGCCUGUCUGCUCUCCACAAUGAACAGAGGUAACUAUGUGUGAUUGUCUGUGUGAGUGUGACUGUCUGUGUGUAUGACUGCCUGCCUGUGUGUGUGUGUGUGUGUGUGUGUGUGUGUGUGUCUGUCUGCCUGUUUGUAUGUGUGACUGCCUGCCUGUGUGUGUGUGUGACUGUCUGCCUGUGUGUGUCUGUGACUGUAUGCCUGUGUCUGUGUGUGACUGUCUGCCUGUGUGUGUGUGUGUCUGACUGUCUGUGUGUGUGUCUGUGUGUGUGUAUGUGCUGUCUGCCUGUGUGUGUGUCUGUGUGUGCAUGUAUGUAUGACUGUCUGCCUGUGUGUGUGUAUGACUGUCUGCCUGUGUUUGUGACUGUCUGCCUGUGUUUGUGUGUGUGCCUGUGUGUAUGACUGUCUGUGUGUGUGUGUGGCUGUGUGUGUGUGUGUGUGGCUGUCUGCCUGUGUGUGUGUGACUGCCUGCCUCUGUGUGAGGAUGUCUUCCCGUGUGUGUGGAUGGCCGCCUGCCUCUGUGUGUAUGUGUGGCUGUCUGGCUGCGUGUAUGUGUGUGGCUGUCUGUGUGUGUGUGGCUUUCUGCCUGUGUGUGUGUGUGGCUGUCUCUGUGUGUGUGAGACUGUCUGCAUGUAUGUGUGUGUAAGACUGUGUGUGUAUGUAAAACUGUGUGUGUGUGGCUGUCUGCCUGUGUGUGUGUGUGGCUGUCUGCCUGUAAUUGUGUGGGAGUGUGUUACUGCCUGUACCUGUGUGUUUCUGUCUGAUCCUGUGUAUGUGACUAUCUGCCUGCGACUAUGUGGAUGUGGUGGAUUUGACAGUGUAUAUGUAUAACUGUGUGCAUCUGAGUGUGGGAAUGUGUGCACAUAACUCUGCAAAAAUAUACACCUGCAUUCACACACAGGCCUAAAUGCAUGUUUUUAUCUGAAUUAAAUAACCAUCACACACAGCCAAUAAACCCAGCACAAAUAUCACAUACAACCAAUACAUGCAUAUCACGCACUGUUAAUACACCCAUUACAAAUAUCACACAUAGCAUACAUAUCACACACAGUCAUAACAUCUAUCACAUACACAGACAACACAAACAUUACAUCAUACAUGGAUGACGGGGGGGUGGGGGCACAUACACACUCAGAUUCACACACUGACACAUAACUCAGAUACACACACACACACACUCAGAUACACACACUGGCACAUACACUCAGAUACACACCCUGAAACACACAUAGCUGUCCUUUCCUCUAUGCCGGCUGAUAUCACAGGGGCUCGGUCGGCUCUUAAAGGGCUGACACCUGACCGGGCCCCUGAUUAGUGGGUAAUAUGGGGAUGUUAGAGGGCGCAUAUCAUACACAAUAUAAUGGACAUCAGAUUGUGUGUGUGUUUUCCGGGAUAUUGUGUAUGACUUGCGGGAGUCAGGGAGCAGCAAUCACCAUGCAGGAGUCUCCCAGAACUACCGGGAGACUUGGGAUGUCUGAUAGGGGUGCACUGUUUGAAUAGGGGGUAUAGGGUGUGUGUGUGUGUAUAGGGGAUGUAGAAUGUGGUGGGAUAUAUGCUUAUUAGCGUAUCUAUUAUUAUUCAUUUAAUUGUUAUAAGAAAAAAAAUAGUCGUUUCUUCUACCUGGUACUUUGUAGGUAUGGGGACAUUCCAAUCCAUGGUGGUCCAGUGGACUGAGUAUCAAUUGGUCUAUGGCCUGUCCCUGCAGGCUUUUCAACACAAACACUGCCUUUUCAGAUAAAUAGCUACAUUGCUGCCUAGUAACUCUGAGGGUUAUCCUACAAGUGGGGAGAUGAAACACCACUGUAAGCUGUUUUACCGGGAGCUGAUAAUAGCGCUGAAAAACAAGAGUUGGCAAUUUUUAGUUCUAUGUUGUCAAUAGUCCAUAGACUUACAAUACUGCACUAUCGGUUUCCUAUUUUCUCUUUUGCAUAUGCCAUUGAUGUGUGAUACCACUCCGGAGAUAUCUUAUUCAACAUUUGAAGACUUUUAAAACCUCAAAAGGACAUUCUUUAUUUUAUAAUUUUUUUAUUUUUUUUGCUGUGCAGAGGUGUACAAACAGUCAAGUCAUGCCACAACAUCAGUUGACACAAACAUCUUAAUACAUAGCUUACAUGUGAGAUGGCAUUCAGAGAGAACGUGCACAAUUUUUAGGAUUAUAAUGAUAGGCAAAGAAACAGGUGAGUUAUAAAGUUAUGAGUGUUGCAAGAGUGGUUAACUGACUCAUGCUGGAGCUUAGCCAGAGUAUAGACCCCAGAGGUCCCCAUGUUAAUAAAGUGGUGAAAGCAUGGUAGGGAAAUAAACUAAUGACUAAUGACGGAUCAAUUACAAGAAAGGAUGCCCCUCUGGCACGAAGAACCCCCAACAGAGUGAGACAAAAUGAUAAGAUAAUUGAUCUGCUCGGUCUCCAGUUCACCCGAUACCCAUCAUGGGCAGAGCACAGUCCAGCACUUGGGGAGAGCACUGCAAGCCUUCAGGCCCGGAUGGAAUUCGGUGGGCCAUAGCGUGCUCUUUGCUCGGGGUUUCUUGCACUACUUCCCUCUUCACGGGUGAUCCGGCUGUGGUCCACUUCAAUGCCCGUCUCUGCGUUGCUUUACGUGUAGAUAAGCCUUGCUGUCGUUUCUGCAGCCACGCUUGGGCUUUCCACUUAGGGAGCUCCAGGUGAGAGCAUGGGGUUGGCUGUGGGUGCAAGCGUUCACUUGUGUGUGGUGAAUCCUGUCUGUGCAUUCUGCUUUCCAGGCGCUGCCAGAAAUCUUCAAACAACCUGUCAAGCUUGGAGCCAAGAUCAUGCAGUUCAUCGCUUGGGCUAUGGAAAUAUGCUGUCUCUGCCAUGUUAGGCAGAUCGCCAGUGUGGGAUGCUUUUCCCUGUGCUUCUGCAGCAUCCGGGUCACCCUCUGGUGGACCGGGAUCUCCCCCACCGGUCCGGGGGGUUGGAGGGGGUAACGGUGCGCUCGUUUGGCUUCCAGAUUGAGAGACCGGCUGCAUCUCCCUCUCAGUGCACACUAGGCCACAACUGCUGUGGUGGGGAAAUAAGCUCCGAACGGGCCAUCAGACUGCCUCCUGGCUUGUCAGGUAGGUCAGGGAGCACACAUGUCACCUCAGGUAGUUUUGGUUUGUGCCAGGAAGGCUUUAGUGAGCCGUUCAUAGCAGGCUUAUGGUGGAGUUCAGUCGAGGUACGUCCUUCCACCAUGAAAGUCAGGCCCCGCCCCUCCCAAAAUGACAUUUUUAUCUUUUACUUGGUACCUUUUUUUAUUACUUACCACAAUAUUGUAUUUAGGUUUUUUAAUUAGUUACCACAAUAUUGUAUUUAUUUUGGCGCUACCUGUAUCCUUUGUUCUGUUUGUUUAAUAAAAAUCUCUGUUCGUACUCUUACCUCUGAUGCUCGCCUUAAAUACUUCUCUGCGGCUGCACCGUUCCAAUGGAACACCCUUCCCCUCUCUAUUAGACUUUCACCCUGUCUCCACUCCUUCAAAAAAUCUUUGAAAACUUACUUCUUCAGGAAAGCAUAUUAAUUAAACCGUGAACAACUUUACCUCCUCGCACCCUGAUUCCUCUCCUGCAACUGUCAUCCAAACAAAACACUAAGCCCUCAAUGAACACUAUCCUAGCAACCUAUUUUUCUACCCUACCCUUACCUUUUGUGUCACUAUACCCUACUCCCUCUAGCAUGUAAUCUCAUUGAGCAAAGACCUCAAUCCGCCCAUUGUACAUCGCAUAGGAAUUUGUUGGUGAUUUAUAAAUAAUAAUAAUAAUAUAAAUUAUUAGAAUUGGUCACAAGCUCUAUUGUGAUGAUCAUUUAAAGUAUGGGGCAUUGUAUGUAAUGUUGCAGGUUAUUGGAAUUUCAUUAUAUAAAAAUAUAUAGUAUAUCCACAGCAGUGAGAGAGUGCAAUUCAUUUUGGAUUGUUACAGUAUUUAUGUAUGGGUUAUUUAUAUACAGGGCCUGCAGCAUUCCAUCUCAUUAGCUUAGGCUAUGUAGCAAAUUGUAUAUAAAGUACAUCACAAUGUGUUUAUUUAUUUUUUUCUCUUUGCUCCAGCACUCCCCGUUUUGUAUAACCUUAAAAUCACUGCUUCGACCCUAAUUUCCUUUUUCGACCCAAAUUCCCCAAUACCAGCAGAGCAUUUAGCAAACUGUGAGUAAUUGGGAGAAUGGCUGCCUGUCCAGCGGCACGAAGUGGGUUAAUGACACUAAUCCGCAGGAAAGUCAGCGUUCCGUGUAAAGCGACGCUCACUCCUCUUGCAUGCAGGGAGUUGUAGUUCCCGUCCAAAUGUUAACGCUCCAACGAAAACGUCCUUGAAACUACAACUCCCGACGUGCCUCGCGAAGCCGGGCUUCCUGAUUGGUUGUCUUCGCCAAGCUUGCAAUUAAGUGUGGUUGCAUCGCGCAAGGGCUGGCUGUAAGGUGAGGAGAAUGGAGCUUUAAUUAUUUUAAAUUUUUGGGAUAUAGGAGAUGAGUUAGCCAAUGGAUAUUCAGAGUGCUGGGUAGGAUUUCAUGUUUUAAGUAUAAAUUCCAGAUAGCAGGCCAAAGCAAUCAACCUAUAAUAAGAUGCACGGUAAAAAUGCCCCCUCCUCUUCCUCCCUGUCCUGUAAUAUGGAGCACUCUCCAUGGUGUAUACUAAAUGUACCUGGAAAAUGCCUUGAAACAAGGUGUGCACUUAUUAGAGUCCAGUGUAAACUAUAAGAAAUAUCCUUUGUUUUAAAACUCACUGUAAAACCUCCACUGAAGUUAAAUGCAUUGUAAACCCCACUUACAUCAUAAAUAAACCAUUGUAAUAUUUGGGAUUUCUUGCUAAAAAGGCCCUUAAUCCCCUCCCUUUGCAUCAGUUGUAUUACCUUAAUAAUGUAUUUAUUUACUGCACUCCAUUGGGAAGGUGCAAUGGAAUAUCCUGGGCAGUUUAGUAAUUAAUCUUACUGUGACUGAGUAUUUUUUUCCCCCAAACUUUCUGCGAGUUUUGAAAUUUCUUCCUUCUUAUAUUGUGUUUUUUUUAAAAGGAAACAUUCUGUUGAUAUCCUACCUGUAUGUAAUGGGUGUGAACAAAACCUGAAUAAAUGAGGAAAAAGAAACUAAAAAUACAAUUUAGGUUAUAAUAACGUAUGCAUAACUUGCAGUUAAGUAAAAAUAUCACAACAUAGAUUAGUUUAUUCAUCUCAGUUUUGGGAAUACUUUAAUUCAUUGUUUUUAUUACUCCAAUCUGCGCUUGAACAAGUAGGAAUUUACAGUAUAUAAUAUAAACCUUAUACUUUUCCAAAAUGUGAUGUGCCAGGACAGUAAGUUUAAUCGUGGUGCCAAAGACCAAAAGAGCUACAGACACCCCGACCACUUCAGCUCAUUGCAGUGGUCUGGGUGCAGUGUCCCUGUCCCCCUUAGUCCUGCCAUGUAAAACAUUGCAGUUUGUGAGAAACCACAAUGUUUACAUUGCAGCACUAAGACAGCCUCUAGUGGCUGUCUACCGGAAAGCUACUAGAGGUGCUUUUGGGAUUUUACCGGACUCUAGGUCGCCUAACUGACAUUGGACGUCCUCACAGUCUGCAUGAGAACAUACAGCAUCAGUGAAAUCCUCUCAGGAAAGCAUUGAGUUAAUGCUUUCCUAUGGCAGCCUUUGACAAAUCCCGGUCGCCAUUGCGACUCGGAAUCUUGCCCUGGUGCCUGUAACUGGUCAGCCCGUUCCCUCCCUUUUCCCGCAGGGGAACUGCAAGCUUGAAGGGCAGCAUUUAAAGACUGCCAGCUUGCCUUCCGCAUUCCUCCGAGCCAACCCACAUUGUGCAAAGCUGGUCCGGCCGCUGUCCUCAGAGCCGGCCCGGCCGCUGUCCUCAUCCAGCACCUUUACGCAGAGCUGGCUGCUCUCCCUUUCCCCUGCAUGCCGGGAGGAAGUAAUUACAGUUCCCUUCAUUUCCUCCUGGCGCACAGAGAUCUGCACGAGGCUGAAGAGACAGGAGGAGGUGGAGUCUGGAACAGCGCGAGCAGCUGCUCCCGUCAGCCGCAGCCAGCCCCCCACUAACCUAUUGCCAUUUGCUCCUGCCCAGUCCCACUGGAUCCCAGUGAAGCCACCCCCCUGAGCCCAAAAGGUAGGAAACAGGAGAGUGGUUAAAAAUAUGUAUUUUUUAUUUUUAUUUGUGUGUGUGUGUAUAUCUGUUAUGCAUGUUUGUGUGUAUCCAUUUGAGUGUAUCAAAUAAUACUUUGUGACUGUGUGGGGUGAGGAAGACCACUACAUUGUUUCCUACCUUUUGGGCUCAGGGGGGUGGCUUCACUGGGAUCCAGUGGGACUGGGCAGGAGCAAAUGGCAAUAGGUGUGUCUGUCAGUGUGUGUGUGUUGUGUCUAGGUGGGUGUGUCUGUCUGGGUGGGUGUGCUUUUAAGUCACCAGCCCCCUCUGAUCGCAUGGGAAUUGUAUUGUUACUCACCUUUUUUCCAAUGGUAUGCUGGUCUCGCUGCAGCUGGCCAGCCUCCAUAGCUAAGAUUAUCAAUCUCCUCAUAGAGAUGUAAUAAAUAAAUGCAGAGCGUGAAGACGCUGAAUGUAAGUAGGAGACACUUUAGUGGCCAUUUGAGUGAUGGCCACUAGAGGUGUUACUAGGCAGCAAUGUAAACACUGGCUUUUCUCUGAAAAGGCAGCAUUUACUUUGAAACGCCUGCAGGGACAAUCUAUAGACUUCAGACCACUACAUUAAGCUGUACUAGUUCUGGCAAGUAUAGUGUCCCUUUAAGAAUUGUAAAUGCUUUCCUAUGAGACCGUCUGAAUGCGCGCGCAGCCAGCCCAAAAGGGAGGAGAGGAGGAGGAUCGGAGGCGGAGAGCUCCCCGCUCGGCGCUGGAGAAAGGUAAGUUUUAACCCCUUUCCUCUCCCCAGAGCCCGGCGGGAGGGGGACCCUGAGGGUGGGGGCACCCUCAGGGCACUAUAGUGCCACAAAAACGAGUAUGUUUUCCUGACUCUAUAGUGGUCCUUUAAUGAACCAAUUUCAGUGAUAUUACGUAGAAUGAAUGCUUAAUGUAUGGGGAUUUGUUUGAUUGGGUACUAAAGAUGACAUAUUUUUAAGUGAAUUAAAUCAUAACAUUAGUUAAUGUGUGAGGCUGUAGCGCACAUUUCUGCAUGGGUGUUCUCCUUGAGGUGCUCAAGUGUAUGCGGUUUGUUCACAUACACCCACUCCUUCAAAUUUCCCCAUAGGAAGUUAUCGAGAGCUGAAAGUUUGGGUGAAUUCAUCUGGGAAUUCCUGACUUUAUCCACUCGCCAAACAGUUGUCUCAUACAUAUUUGGAUGGCAUUAUUUGGCUGAGCAUGUCAGCCUGGGACCAGACUGCAGGUGCCUUGUGGAAUCCGAAGAUUUGACCCAGAACCAUAGGACAACACCUGUAGCCUAUUAGCAGCAUAAUCUAUACAUUGGCACGUAGUCAGGGCCGGCCUUAGGCAUUCAGAUGCCCUGUGCGAAACAUCUUUGCAGCGCCCCCCCCCCCCCCUAUAAUCCAUGUAUAGUGUGGGUGUAUAGAAGUGUAGUGAUUGUAUAGGGAAUUUAUUAAAUUAAUAAUGAUUUAAAAAUAAAUAUUCAUUACACACACACACAUUUACAGGCAGAUAAUUAAAAACACACACAGGUACAGAUGGACAGUCACGUACAUACAGCCACAUAUACAGUGUCACACAUACACUGUUUCAUGCAGACAGCCACACACACACAGAGGCAGACAGACACACACACACACACACACAUAGGCAGACAGACACACACAAAGGCAGACAAUCACACAUAGUUACCUGUAUUCAUUAUGGGAAAUAGUGCAGCUCCUGAAUUCUGGUUGUUGGGGAAGCAGGAACUCUUUCCUGCUUCCCAUGCAGUAAUUACCCGGUACUUCUAGCCCCGCCCCCACUACACGCUAAGCCCCGCCGCUUUUUUCUUUUUAAUCCCUGGUGGAGAAUAAUGAAAUCCUCCACCCGGGUAACCAGCAAUAUGCGAGCUGUGUCGGCCACAUGGCCCCUUCUGCUCCAUGGCGCCCUGUGCGGCCGCACAGCUCGCAUACCCCUAAGGCCGGCCCUGCAUGUAGUGAUUAUGGUGAUUAGACUGCCAAUUUUAAGAAACAUUGUAUACAUUUUGGAGCAGGCACUUCUGAUUGUUGUCUUUGUUUCAAGGCUAAAAAUUCAAAGUCCUAUGCUACUAAACAGGCUUAAAAGUUACUCGUCACUUUAAACCUGGGGGUCCAUAGCACACUCAUCAGGGGUGAAUUUUUACUCGCCAGGUUUGACGUUUCGCUCAACAAAAAGGCUAGUUGGAGAGUGGAAAUUGUGAGCCCUGUUCGUUCUAUUCAGCAAUAGUGGUUUGCAAAUGCAUGCUGCUAUGCUCAACUCCACUGCACAUUAUCACAGGAGAGAAAGAGGUUUCCCUGUGACCAGGGCUCGAGUCCUGCAGGAACGCGUGGGAACAGCGUUCCUGCACUUUUUUUUGAGCAGGAACGCUGUUCCCGUUUGUGGUCCUGCAGGCACUCAGGGGGCGCCCCCAAAAGCCCCCCAUGCUCCCCCUGUCAUGGGGUCCCAAGAGGUGGCCUGAUGGCCAUCUGAUGGACCCCCCCGGCGGGCUGCUCUCUCCCUGUCACACCCGGCGAGGGAGCUGUGUCCUCAUUCUGCCUCUCGCCGCGCGCCAUUUGCUGAUGCUGGGAGCCGGAAUAUGACAUCAUAUUCCGGCUCCCAGCAUCAGCAGAUAGCCCGCGCGACGAGAGGCAGCAGAGAGGACACAGCUCCCUCGCCGCGUGUGAUAUGGAGACAGCUGCCCGCCCCACUGGACCCCAGGGACAGGUCCACGCCAGCUCUCCAGGUACGGAGGCUGGGUGGACUUUUGUAAAAAAUAAAUAAAAAAUAUAUGAAUAAUUUGUGUGCAUGUGUGUGUGUCUGUGAGAGUGUAUGUGUGUGUGUGUCUGUGAGAGUGUAUGUGUGUGUCUGUGAGAGUGUAUGCGUGUGUCUGUGAGUGUGUGUUUAAAUAUGCAUAUGAGUGCAAUUUUUUUUUGAGGGGGGGAUGAUGGUGGAACUUUGGGUGAGUUCCCACACUUUAUUCCCUUAGGACUUGACCCCUGCCUGUGACCUUCCAAGGCUUUGUAAGUAGAAGGCACGGUGCUUGCUGAGUAGUUAUAUUCAUUCUUUUUUUCAUCUGAGCUGUGGAUACCAAAAUCCCUUGCUAGCUUGGAUAAGUAUAGAACACAGCUGAAAACCAUCAGUUUAUCUGUGGAAAUUCAGUGAUCUCUGCAAAUUGUAUAUUUUAAAGUGACAUUCAUGUUAGCAUGCUUAUUCUUUGUCUCGUAUUUUCCUUCUCUUCAUCACUCCGAACUUCACAACUCUCCUCCCUUUGUUUCUUUAUUCUUUGUCUGUAUCUCCCAUCUUUUAUAUUUACGUAAAGGUACACUGUAGUCACCAGAACAACUCAGCUUCUUGUAUUUGUUCUUAUGAGUAUAAUCAUUCUCUUGCUGUAAACACUGUCUUUUUCAGAAAAAAUGCAGUGUUUACAUUACAGCCUGUAUCCCUGGCCACUAAUCAGAUGGCUACUAGAGGUACUUCCUGGGGCAAUGCUGCACAGUGAGCACCACUGUCAUUGGGUGUCUUCACGCUCUGCAUGCAGACACUGAACUCUCCUCAUAGAAAUGCAUUGAUUCAAUGUAUCUCUAUGAGGUGAUGCUGAUUGGCCAGGGCUCUGUUUGGCUUUUGCUGGCUCUACCCAUGAUCUGCCCGCUUGACAGUCUUAGCCAAACACUUUUGAUGAUGUCAGCCAAGCAGGCAGAUCAGGGGCAGAGGCAGAAUGCAAUAAAAGUAAGAUUUUGCUAUAUUUAAGGUGGUAAGGGGGCUCCAGGGGAGGUUGAUGGUGGCUUUAACACUAUAGAGUCAGGAAUACAUGUUUGUGUUCCUGACUUUAUAGUGUUCCUUUAAUAUAUUCCCACUCGCUUUCUAUCACUUAUCUUUUUUUUUUCAUGUUCAUAUUUAGCAGAUGGACAUGAGACCCCAUGUAAUCUGUGCCAUGUUUUGGUCUGGGCAGCUGCCACUUUUGUACUGAGUUAAAGAUGGCCUUGAUACAAUUUUAACCCCUUAAGGACGGCGGGCGUGCUAUGCUGUCCUUGGGGUCCCGGCUCUAAACACCAGGGGGCGGCAUAGCACGUCCCCGCCGUACUGUUUACUUAUAGCGGUGUAGGGACUCACCUGGCAGCCCAGGGAGUCCCCCUCCGUCUGUUUUGGCCCCCCUGGGCCAUGUGAUCACGAUUUCCUUGCAAGGACCUCACAAUCACAUGGACUGCAUAACCCUCCAAGGCAGUGCCAGCAGGGGGAGUGCCUGUAAAAUAAUUAAAUGUUAAAACAGUUGAAAAUUAAAUUAUAUAUACUUAGACUUAGACUUUAUUAUAUAUAUAUGAUCUAUGUGUGUGUGUAUGUAUGUGUAUACACAUAUACACAUACACAUAUAUAUAUAUAUAUAUAUACAUAUAAUCAUUAUAUAUAUUUAUAUAUAAUAUAAAAUAAAUAUGUAAAUACGUUAAAAAAUUUAAAUAAAUAUAUGUGUGUAAUUUUGUACUAACUGUAUUUUAAAAUUAAUAUGUAUAUAUAUCUCUAUCAAAAUGCACGUAGAACGAAAUUAUAUAUAUAUAUAUAUAUAUAUAUACAUAUAUAAGUAUAUACGUUUAUAUCACUAUAAAUAUAUACUUAUAUAAAAAUAAUUUUUAAAAAUAUAUAUAAUAAUUCUACGUAUAUAUUUAUGUAAUAAUAUUACAUAAUCAGGUCACUUUAUUAAUUACAAUUUGUGGGACCUGCCUGACAACCCAGGGCAAAAGACCAGGGAAUUUAAUUUGCUAGCACUAUAUUUAACCCUGUAACUUUCCAAGACACCAUAAAACCUGUACAUGCGGGGUUCUCUUUUACUCAGAAGACUUUGCUGAACACAAAUAUUAGUGUUUCAAAACUGUAAAAUGUAUUACAACGAUGAUAUCGUCAGUGAAAGUGAAAUUUUUUGCAUUUUUUACACACAAAUGGCACUUACACGGACAAUAUAAUUGUUGUGAUAUGUUUUACUGUUUUGAAACACUAAUAUUUGUGUUAAGCGCAGUCUCCUGAGUAUAACAGUACCCCUUAUGUGUACAGGUUUUAUGGUGUUUUCAAAAGUUACAGAGUCAAAUAUAAGGCUUGCGUUUCAGUUUUUUCACAUUGAAAUUCGAAAGAUUGUUUACGUUGCCUUUGAGACCGUAUGGUAGCCCAGGAAUGAAAAUUACCCCCAGGAUGGCAUACCAUUUGCAAUAGUAGACAACCCAAGGUACUGCAAAUGGGGUAUGUCCAGUCUUUUUUAGUAGCCACUUAGUCACAAACACUGACCAAAAUUCUCAUUCCCGGGCUACCAUACACUCUCAAAGACAACGUAACCAAUCUGGCGAAUUUCAAUGUGAAAAAAAAUGAAAUGUAACAUGCUAUAAUUGACUCUGUAACUUCUUAAAACACCAUAAAACCUGUACACGGGAGGUACCGUUUUACACGUGAGACAUCGCUGAAUACAAAUAUGUGUAUUUUAUUGCAGUAAAAACAAACUGUAUUAUGACAUUCACAGUUAGAAUGUCACAUAGAACUAAAAUGUUUUUUAAAAAUUCUUAUUUUCUACCAUUUUUAAAAAAUAUUUUAUUGAUAUUAAAUUAUGUUUCAUGCCUAAAUAUUUUAUGUUAAAUGAAAGCCCUGUUUCCCCUGAAUAAAAUGAUAUAUAAUAAGUGUGGGUGCACAUAAUAUAAAAGAGGCGAAUUACGCCUGAACAGACAUAUAGCGCAAAUUCAAGUUUUUGUUUUUGUUUUGAUCACAACGUGUACAUUUGGCUCAAUCCGUACGGGGUUAAUAGUGAUAGAUUUGUGCAUAAUUGAUUGUUGUUGAUAUCUUUUCUAAAACUCUUUAAUAAAGGGGUACUUAAAAAUUUCACAAUUUAUUACAGCACAGCAAGAGUUUCAAAUGUAUGAAAUAUGUUCGCAAGUUUUAAUUUCACUCAAAAGAUACCAAGCCUAUUCAUUGCCUUGUUUCAGUAACAUUUUACAUGUAUACAAUCCCAUGACACCUGUAAAGAUGAUAACUAGCACUUAUUUUUGGGUUUGAUGGGAAUUUAUCCAGUUUAGCUCUCUUAAGGGAUUAGUCCUGCUUUUGACAAACCUGUUAUUUUGAGCUUAAACUAGAUAUUUAAAUGUUGCCGCCCACAUAAUGAAUGUACCACUAGUGGAAAAAAAUUGAGAGUCCUUUUAGAAGUAACAAUAGGACAAAAGCUGAGGUGUGGGAACGUCCCAGCCUUAACUGUCAUUAAACAGAAAUAAAGAACAUUUUGUGGCUGUAGUACAUUACACAAAUAUACAUUUACACUGGCACCCAUUCAUUUCAUCCUCCCUUUGCUUACAUUGGUAGUAAAGUUGCACCGCAACUCAGUGGAAGCCUGUGUGCACCUUACUGUAGAUGGGAUAGACACUAUUUGGUAUGCAGGGGGUAGAGGCUGUAGUAAAUUCAAGGGAGGGUUAUGUGCUAUAAUGGGUGCAGGGAAAGUAUAGGGGCUGCAGGGCCGGCCUUAGGGGUGUGCGAGCUGUGCAGCUCGCACAUUGCCGGCUACCCGGGUGGAGGAUUUCAUUAUUCUCCACCAGGGAUUAGAAAGAAAAAAAGCGGCGGGGCUUAGCGUGCGGUGGGGGCGGGGCUAGAAGUACCGGGUAAUUACUGCAUGGGAAGCAGGAAGGAGUCCCUGCUUCCCCAACAACCAGAAUCCAGGAGCUGCAUUACUUCCACCUCCAUAAUGAAUAGAGGUAACUAUGUGUGACUGUCUGCCUUUGUGUGUGUGUGUGUGACUGCCUUUGUGUGUGUAUGUGGCUCUCUGCCUCUGUGUGUGUGUGUGUGGCUGUCUGCAUGUAACGGUGUAUGAGUGACACUGUAUAUGUGGCUGUAUGUAUGUGACUGUCCAUCUGUACCUGUGUGUUUUUGUAAUUAUCUGCAAAUGUGUGUGUGUGUGUAUGACUGUCUGCCUGUAACUCUGUGUGUGUAUGUGUGUGUAAUGAAUAUUUAUUUUUAAAUCAUUAUUAAUUUAAUAAAUCCACUAUACAAUCACUACACUUCUAUACACACACACUAUACAUGGAUUAUAGGUGAGGGGGGCGCUGCGAAUAUGUUUCUCACAGGGCGCCUGAAUGCCUAAGGCCGGCCCUGGGUGCAGGUGAGUGAUAGGGGCUGUAGAGGUGCAUAUGAGAUAGGGGUUGUAGUGAGUGUAGUAAUUAUAGUGGCUGUAGUUGAUGCAGGGAGUAAUAGGGGCUAUAGUGUGUGCAGAGGGAUAGGGUCUUUAGUGGGAGCUGGUGGAAUUAGGGGCUGUAGUGAGUGCAGGGUGUAAUAGAAGAUUUAGUGGGUGCUGGUGCUGUAGUAAGUGUAAGGAAAUAAAGGGUGUAAUAAGGGCUGUGAUCUGGGAUAAGGGCUGUGAUAAGGAGUACAGGGGGUAAGAGCUGUGAUUGAGGAUGGAGCAGUAGUGGGUGGAUAGGAGCAAUAUAGAUAUCUGCUUGUCUGCAGCCCUGGUGGGUGUAGACCGCUCCAUCCAGUCUACACUGGAGAAUGUCAAAUGGAAGAAAAGAAAUAUCCAGGCACACCUGAGGUUUCUUCUAAAAGGCAGUUUUUUGGUUUUUGUUUUUUUUAAACAAGAAAGUGGAAAGUCUCCACUUGUUUCAAAUAAAAAGACUGACUUUUGCUACAAUAUAUGAUGCACUCAAUAGCCUUUUGAUCUUAAAUGGAGCCAGUCCUUAUCAUGAGUUAGGAUCUUUUCUCUCAAUUUACAUUUGUAAAAUACCACAGAAUUAGAAUUAAUUUUCAACUAGAUUCAUUGUAUUUCUUAUUCAUCUUUUGCAGUUGGUUUGGAGUCAUUUAAAACAUGGAGAUGCCAUCAUACUAUACAAAACUCCUGGGAGAGUUGAAUGAGCAGCGGAAGAGAGAUUUCUUCUGUGACUGUAGUAUCAUUGUGGAAGGAAGAAUUUUCAAGGCACACAGGAAUGUAUUAUUUGCAAACAGCGGCUACUUUCGAGCCAUGCUUGUCCACUAUAUCCAGGACAGUGGAAGACAUAGUACAGCUUCUCUAGAUAUUGUUACCUCUGAGGCAUUCUCCACCAUACUGGACUUUCUUUACUCUGGAAAACUGAACCUGUGUGGAGAGAAUGUGAUCGAGGUUAUGAGUGCAGCUAGUUACUUGCAAAUGACUGAUGUGGUCAACUUUUGCAAGGCCUAUAUUCGCUCCUCGCUGGACAUCUGCAGAAAGAUUGAGCGAGAAAGUUCAUUUGGACAAGCAGACAGUGGGAGUGAUGGCUUAGGAAGUGCAAGAGGAGCAGCUCUUAGGGCCUUGCAAGAGAAAGGAGGUGUUGGAGACUGUCAGAAAGAGCCACCAUGUGGAGAUUGUAGUAGCUGCAACUCUGUAGAGGUUUUGGAUAAGGAUAACCCCAGUGUUGGGUCUCCCGAGGAAAAGAGCUCUGGUAAAGCAGUGGAACCCAAGGAAGAAUUUGAUUCUGAUGUGGUAGAAGUGACUGAGGGGCUUCAGCCAUACCCAAUGCCGCCUGGAAUGGAGCAGGGAGAUGAAAGUUUGCAUGGAGGUGCAGGGAUGGAUCUCUCUCAUAAUUAUCAUAUGAAGCAAUUUUUAGAGGCUCUCCUGCGUAAUAGUUCUAACCAGAGGAAGGACGAUCAAGUUCACCAUUUCCCACGUGACUUUGAAUCCCGUCAAGAGGAUGCAGGUGUCCCCAUGAGUUCUAUGAUGGACAUUCAGGGUGACUGGUAUGGAGAGGACACAGGUUAAUAUCUUUCAUCAAAACAGCAUUGACAAUAAUAUAAAUCCGUGUAAAUAAAAAAUGUAAAAUAAAUUGGUGUAAAUAUAGACUUUUAGUAAAAUUUCUCAAUGUUGUUUAAUUUUACUUAAAAAUGUUAAAUAUCUAUUUGCAGAAAAGAGAUAAGCUUUUAAACGUUUUGCUUAAUGUUACCUGUUCCAUUCUGGUUUAUUGAAAAGUCUGAAUAGUUAAAAUUUGUAAACUUACUUUGAAAAUGAAUAAGUAAAAAAAUGAAUACGUUUAAUUUAGUUAGAUUCCUUAUCACCAACUGUGUGCUAAAUACCAUGUUUCCUUUAGGGGAUGUUCUAGUGGUUCCCAUCAAGCUGCACAAGUGUCCGUUUUGUCCCUACACUGCAAAACAAAAGGGCAUUUUGAAGCGUCACAUCCGUUCACACACAGGAGAGAGGCCUUACCCGUGUGAGAUUUGUGGCAAGAGGUUUACUCGUCAAGAGCAUUUGCGCAGCCAUGCACUCACUGUAAGUAUGCAAUCUUCUGAUUUUAAAUCCGUGAUACUUCUUUUUUUAAAUAACUCUUUAUUUAACACUGUUAGGACGGACAUUAAGCCACAAUUAUCAGGGGGAAGAAGCACACAGAAUCACAUGUAAGUCAGUAGAUAGAUGUACAUACAGUUGCAAGAAAAAGUAUGUGAACCCUUUGGAAUGAUAUGGAUUUCUGCACAAAUUGGUCAUAAAAUGUGAUCUGAUCAUCAUCUAAGUCACAACAAUAGACAAUGUGAAUGUUUACAUGAUGUGUUCAAUAAAAACAUGCAACAUUUCAUUCUUUGUGUGUUAUUAGUUUAAGCAGACUGUGAUUGUCUAUUGUUGUGACUUAGAUGAUGAUCAGAUCACAUUUUAUGAACAAUUUGUGCAGAAAUCCAUAUCAUUCCAAAGGGUUCACAUACUUUUUCUUGCAACUGUAUGCUUGUUCAAUUUUACAACAGUAACAUUAAAAAAAGAGAGAGAAACUUGAAAAAAAUGGGUGUUGAUAGGGAAGUGAAUUUGUAAGAUUCACAAGAUUAAGAGCAUUGGAACAGCUUUGUUCACCAAACUGCUUUCCCAGAGUAAUUUUAGAGAUGAGCUUGUAUUCCCAUACAAUAAGGUCGUCCAGGUAUCUGUAGGAAUUGGCUUGUAAAAAAUCUAAGAGAAAAAGGUCAACCCUUUUAGGGCCAUGAAGGUGUGAUUUCAGAACAUUACAACCACAAAUGAUAGCAGGACCCAUGGUCAUAUACACUCAACUUUACUUUAGCAAGUCAAUGGAAGCAAAACAAUGGAUUUGCAAGAAUCUAAAUGGAUCACCUGGUAUCAGGAGUUUUCUAGAGGAUAUGGAGUUAUAGAAGACAAUAUCGAAGGUACGGUUUUGCAGCAUAAAUGAGCUAAAGGCAUGCUAAAUAACUGUAAUAAGAUAAAUUCUGAUAUAAAAAUAUACAGAAAAAAAGAGGGAAAAAGACCUUUAUAUAGAAAGCUCUAAAACUGGAAACAUAUAGGAAUACACCAAAAACCUAUAGAAACAAUAUACAUAAAAUGUGUUGUACUAUAAAGAUAGCAGCAAAUAUCCAUGAGCUAACUAAUAAAAAAAAUAAAAAAAAUAAAAAAUAAGUAUGUAGCAGAAAUGGGACUUGGUCUCAGAUAACACACUGAUGUAUUCAGAUAUAGAUGUGCAAUGUCAAAAAUGAUUCCAGGGAUAUCUGUAUGGCAUGGAUAUCCUUAAGCCAGGAAAAAAGAAUAUCCCCGGGCAAAUAUAACCUUAUGCCAAAUUUUAUACUUCGAAAAAUGAAAGAUAUAAUAACCAGAUGGCAUAAAAAUACUUAAAUUACACUGACUACUGUCCUGUAAGUCAGAUAUUAAUGAUAACCAAGCAAAACCAGUACCAAGAGCUGGUUGCUAUAAGCAAUAUGAAAAAUAUUGCUAAAAAACAACUGAGAAUAUAAAAGUCAAAUUUAUUUCAGAAUUGUAAAAUAAAGUUAAAAAUAAGUCCACAGUAAAAAUACCAGUCCAUUAAAGGUAAAAAAUACACAACAACCUUAUGUCCAGGCACGGAUGUAUAUGGAUGUUCUUCACAAUUCAAUAUCCAAAUUCUGAUCGCCGGUGAGGACGGCUUGCGUACCACAGUGCAUUCCACCUCGAGCCUCACUUCGGGGGAACUGCGCUGUGUGGACGUUCUGUCUACUGUCUGACGCGUUUCGUAGGGAAUAGCCCUACUUCCUCAGAGACGUAUGUGUUAACCUCCAUAUGGGACUGCUUAUAUAUCCCUCAGUUGUUAAUUAAUUAAAGUCCAUACAGAAUAAAUUACAUUACAUUGUAUAAAAAAAUGUUAAACACCAGAAAGUAAAUGCAGAGAAUUGAUUAAUACAGAUUAAUACAGUACAAUUUAAUAUAAUAGAAACUUUUAAAAAAAUGGAUACAAUAAAAGUUAAUAAAAAGCUUUACUAUAAUAAAAUACUUUUAUAAAAUACCCAUCACUUCUCUUAAUUUCAGUAGGACUGCUGUUCUUUCAUACACAGACAGUUAUGCACCUAAAAUAAUAGCUUUUCUCCUAACAACCAUCAUAUCAAAUUAUAAACCGUUCGAGAUUGAUGGUUAGACAUUGCAUCAAUGUUGCAUCUUAACUUUGCACGAGCUGUUAACAAUACGAUGUAACAAUUUAUAUACAUAUUAUCUCCUCAGGCUUAAUUCACCACCUUAUAAACCUCAAAUAUUAUGAUAAAAUGCAAGUAGUACUACUUUCCAGAUAAUUAGUAUUAGAAUAGAUAGGAUGCAAGAGGUGAGAGAUACACUAGCUGUGUUCCAUUUUCUGUAACGAGACAAGAAUGUUAGUAAAUAAUACAACACAUUAGAACAUAAUAAAAAAACACUUAAUUCCUUCAGCAUCUGUAUGUUGAAUUUAAACAACGGUACAGGUCUUGUGCAUAAUGACCAGCAAUUCCCUUAUCUGUAUUCAUAAAAAAUAUCUGUAAUGUAAACAAAGUGAUUUAUACGAAUAAAACAACUCCAUAUGCUAACAAGCACCAAAUUUAUAUCGUCUAACGAUUUAAAAGAACAUAAGAUUAGGACAAAUAUGAAUUGCAAUACUUUAGGAGUGAUAUAUCUUAUCACAUGCCCAUGCCAGAAACAAUAUGUUGGACGGACUAAAAGAUCUUUGAAAACUAGGAUUGCAGAACACAUUAGAAACAUUAAAAAAGGCUUAUUGACUCAUAAUCUAUCGAAACAUUUCAAAGAGACACAUAGAGCAGAUCCAGCAGGACUGACUUUUGUAGCUAUAGAAAAAGUGAAUGUGCAUUGGAGAGGAAGAAGUAUAGAUACUAAACUCGAUCAAUCUGAGGCAAAAUGGAUAUUUUCACUUAAUACCAUAGUCCCCCAUGGCCUCAAUGUAGAUUUCCAGUUAAAUGCAUUUUUAUAGCACUUCUUUUAGUUGAAUCUUCUUUUGUCCUUACAGUUGUAGUUCUUUUCUUGAUUAUAUAGAAUUUUAUGGUGUUUUUAAGUAUAUAGGUGUAUUUGUCUGUUACUAAUAUUCUUAUCCUGGUAUGGAUUCUUAUCGUCAUAUAGGUGUUAUCAAGUGGAAUUUGUUCUUAACUACUUCCCAUAUCUUAGUAUGUAUUUCAUUAUAUAUAUAUAUAUAUUUAUAUAUAUAUAUAUAAUGAAAUACAUACUAAGAUAUAUAUAUUUAUUUAUUUACUUUAAGCAUAUGGAGUUGUUUUAUUCAUAUAAAUCACUUGGUUUACAUUACAGAUAUUUUUUUAUGAAUACAGAUAAGGGAAUUGCUGGUCAUUAUGAACAAGACCUGUACCAUUGUUUAAAUUCCACAUACAGAUGCUGAAGGAAUUAAGUGCUUUUUUAUUAUGUUCUAAUGUGUUGUAUUAUUUACUAACAUUCUUGUCUCGUUACAGAAAAUGGAACACAGCUAGUGUAUCUCUCACCUCUUGCAUCUUAUCUAUUCUAAUACUAAUUAUCUAGAAAGUAGUACUACUUGCAAACAUUUUAUCAUAAUAUUUGAGGUUUAUAAGGUGGUGAAUUAAGCCUGAGGAGAUAAUAUGUAUAUAAAUUGUUACAUCGUAUUGUUAACAGCUCGUGCAAAGUUAAGAUGCAACAUUGAUGCAAUGUCUAACCAUCAAUCUCGAACGGUUUAUAAUUUGAUAUGAUGGUUGUAAGGAGAAAAGCUAUUAUUUUAGGUGCAUAACUGUCUGUGUAUGAAAGAACAGCAGUCCUACUGAAAUUAAGAGAAGUGAUGGGUAUUUUAUAAAAGUAUUUUAUUAUAGUAAAGCUUUUUAUUAACUUUUAUUGUAUCCAUUUUUAAAAAAGUUUCUAUUAUAUUAAAUUGUACUGUAUUAAUCUGUAUUAAUCAAUUCUCUGCAUUUACUUUCUGGUGUUUAACAUUUUUUAUACAAUGUAAUGUAAUUUAUUCUGUAUGGACUUUAAUUAAUUAACAACUGAGGGAUAUAUAAGCAGUCCCAUAUGGAGGUUAACACAUACGUCUCUGAGGAAGUAGGGCUAUUCCCUACGAAAAGUGUCAGACAGUAGACAGAACGUCCACACAGCGACAGCCAGCCAAGGUAUUAUCACAAGAGCCUAGAUAUCUUCUCGAAUACCAGGCACCCCACUAAUAUCAUCCGACGAGCAGCGCAGUUCCCCCGAAGUGAGGCUUGAGGUGGAACGCACUGUGGUACGCAAGCCGUCCUCACCGGCGAUCAGAAUUUGGAUAUUGAAUUGUGAAGAACAUCCAUAUACAUCCGUGCCUGGACAUAAGGUUGUUGUGUAUUUUUUACCUUUAAUGGACUGGUAUUUUUACUGUGGACUUAUUUUUAACUUUAUUUUACAAUUCUGAAAUAAAUUUGACUUUUAUAUUCUCAGUUGUUUUUUAGCGAUAUUUUUCAUAUUGCAUAUAGCAACCAGCUCUUAGUAUUGGUGUUGCUUGGUUAUCAUUAAUAUCUGACUUACAGGACAGUAGUCAGUGUAAUUUAAGUAUUUUUAUGCCAUCUGGUUAUUAUAUCUUUCAUUUUUCAUUUUUGAUGGAAGUAUAAAAUUUGGCAUAAGGUUAUAUUUGCCCGGGGAUAUUCUUUUUUCCUGGGUUAAGGAUAUCCAUGCCAUACAGAUAUCCCUGGAAUCAUUUUUGACAUUGCACAUCUAUAUCUGAAUACAUAAGUGUGUUAUCUGAGACCAAGUCCCAUUUCUGCUACAUACUUAUUUUUUUAUUUAUUUUAUUAGUUAGUUCCUGGAUAUUUGCUUCUAUCUUUAUAGUGCAACACAUUCAAUGCUAAAUAACUGUGUUGAAGCUCCUUAUUCCUUCUGUGAGUUUAAUUGAACAUCUCACUACUUUCAGAUGUUGCUCUUGGUGGAAUGCAAGUAAUUAUUUCUAUUGGGCCAAAUCUGUAGUUCAUGUGGGUAUUGGAAAUUACAGAGCAAUUCUAGCAAAGCCUGACGUGUACUUUGCUUCUCACUGGAUAAUUCACCAAAACCUGAAAUUAAUCUCAAAUUAUAGGCUGCAAUUGCUGAAUAGUCUCCUAAGACACUACUGUUUUCAGCUUGUCUAUUUUGGCCUAUAAUUUUACAUUUACUUAGAAAUUGGCACAAUUCACAUGUGAAUUACCACAACCGUGUCCUUCUUUUUCUAGGUACACCGGUCCAACCGCCCAAUUAUCUGCAAAGGUUGCCGUCGAACGUUCACCAGCAGUCUGUCUCCUGGUUUGAGGCGUUUUGGCUUGUGUGACAGCUGCACCUGUGUCACUACGACACACGAGGAAUCUCAUAGCAGAGGUCACCCUGAACCUGCUUCUGAAAGCAUGGACAAAGAUGAGGUGGAUGGUGACUGGCCUAUCUACAUUGAGUCUGGAGACGAGAAUGAGGCAGCUGAGGAAGAGACAGAGGAUAAAGAACAAAUACACAGAGAGGUGCUCAUGUGACCUUCAAAGUGAAAGACAUUCCAUCAUUUUCCUAUGCCAGGCCAUUUAAGUAGCAUUGUGCUAGAAGGAAAACCUCCGUCCCAUGAUUUCCAAUGUUGUGGUUCUGGAAACUCUGCAGUUUACACGCCUUAUUGGUUGUGCAGUGCAAUGCCAUUUGGCAGUGAUCAGCUAAUAUUUAUCCAUAUCCUAUUUUAUAUUUUAGUGCUGUGCACUAACUACCAGUAAACCUUUCAAGAGAAGCCAGUGUCUCGAAUGCAUUGUCUGCCUGUAUAGAAGAAUUCAUAUUUCAUUGGUCAAGUGAGGAAGAACAACUAUUGUCCUUUGUUAUGUAAUUCAAGACUCAAGAACAAUUUGGAGCUGGGUUUCCAGAAACCAGACUUGUAUUCCAUCUAAUCAGUUAUUGUUGUUUGUAGUGUGAUCUACAAUUCAGCAUUAUGUGACAAAAUAAGCGAUACACAUUUCCCUUUUAUUGUCAAUUCUCCAUAGAGCAUUUUUAAAUGUAUAGAAUACUCAUGUACUGUAAUAGUGACUGACUUACAAAUCCUUUAGAUGAUAUCAAAAACCUCUCGUAGGAUAUCACCAACAUAUUUGUUCAUCAUGAAAUUAAGAAAAAUAUCUAUAUACAUACAUAAAUGCACAUGGUGAUAACCUACCAUAUCAUGUCUCUAUAGAAGUGAACAUUGUAAGCAAGGUUAUCCUUAAAGAAAGAGAAAAUGGGACAUAAAAAUACCUUGUUGUAAAUAUGGUAGUGCAAAACUACAAAUACCUAUUUUCUGCUGGACAAAAUAGAAAUACCGCAUUUAAUGCAAUCUUCCACUUUUAAUUCUAAAGUCUAUCCAAGGCACUCUGCAUUAUGGGAAACAAGCCCAUUGGUUGCCAACAUGUGAUAAGAAGGUUUAGUUGAUGUGCCCUGUUGCCUUUGCAUCCUUACAUUUUACUUUACAUUAAGCUAUUUGAAAAAGACUAUAAGCUGAUCCGAAUAUAAAAUAUCUUUUACAUAGGUACCAUUAAAAUUCCAACUGGAAAACAGUGGUGCCAGUAGCACUCUUUUUACAGGAAGUGAUAUAGUGGGAAAUAUUUCCAAUAUGAUCUUUGCCCUGUCUCUUUUUAAAAAAAAAAUUGACCUGUGUUUGAGCUGUUUAUGCAUCAUGUUCUUGAACUACAUGAGGUGGAACCAUGUCAAUCCUCUAAUAUGAAAUACUGACAUGGUUUAGAAUUAUAUACUUUUUGAAGCAAGGGAUCAAUUUCCUUUUUUUUUUUUUUUUUUUUUUGGUUUGGUAUGUAAAAUAACAUACCUGGUAAGUUCUUGAGUAAUACAUGCCAUGGUGCUAUGCUGUGGGGUAUAUAAGCUUAUUUUAACUAUAUUUAAAGCAAAAUCCCUAUUUUCAUUAGUGACUUGGUUAAAGGACCACUAUAGUCACCCAGACCUAUUCAGCUCAAUGAAGUGGUCUGGGUGCCAGGUCCCUCUAGUUUUAACUCUGCAGCUGAAAACAUAGCUGUUUCAGAGAAGUUCACUCGGAAGCUGAUGUUGAUGGAGGAGAAAAGGUCACAGGUGCCGAGGGAGCUCGGCGCUGAAUUAAGGUAAGCAAAUAAAUGGUUAAUUAACCAUUUACUUGCCGCGGAACAGGGCCCUAGUCACCUAAACAGUGACUAGGCUCUGUAGCGUUAGGAAUACAUAUUUGUAUUCCUAACACUAUAGUGUUCCUUUAACUUCCACUUUGAUGCUAUAUUUUUCUUUCAUCCUCCAAUUUAUUCAACUCCUGGAAUAUUUUCUUUUUCCAUUUAAGUGUAUUUCAGAAUAAUUUUAUAACAAUCUAUUUGCAAUUUGAAAGUCACUUGUAUGCUCCUAUGUGUAUGUUUGUUGUGUGCUCGAUAUUAGUGUUCCGAGCCAGGGAAUUAUAUGAAACAUAUUAAAUGUGCAUAAGGUGUUAUGUAGCGGAGUGUAUUUUUUAUUGGUAUUGACACUACAUUGCAUGUUAAGAUGACUCUACAAUUUUAAUUAAAGAGAAUGGAGUUAAUCUUCAUCAGCUGGACCAACU